AAAGCUUGGAGCUUCGGAUUCGGUCGCCCUUUCGAGAGCGGAGCUCCGAGCAGGAGCAAGCAGCGAUCCACCAUGGCGACCUUCGCGAAGCCCGAAAAUGCGCUCAAGAGAGCGGAAGAGUUGAUGAAUGUCGGUCAGAAGCAAGCAGCACUCCAGGCGUUGCACGAUCUGAUUACCAGCAAGAGAUAUCGAGCAUGGCAGAAAACAUUAGAAAGGAUCAUGUUCAAAUAUGUAGAACUCUGCGUGGACAUGAAAAAGGGCAGGUUCGCCAAGGAUGGGCUUAUACAAUACCGUAUCGUCUGCCAGCAAGUGAAUGUGAGCUCUCUGGAGGAGGUGAUCAAGUACUUUUUGAAGCUUUCCAGCGAGAAAGCAGAGCAGGCCCAGGCCCAAGCUGCCGAGGUCACCCUAGAUAUAGAAGAUCUCGAAGCCGAGAAAAGGCCGGAGGAUUUGAUGCUCAGUUAUGUCAGUGGGGAGAAAGGGAAAGAACGGUCAGAUCGGGAGCUCGUCACUCCGUGGUUCAAGUUCUUGUGGGAAACUUACAGGACUGUGCUCGAAAUUUUGAGGAACAACUCGAAGUUAGAAUCUCUCUAUGCUAUGACCGCCCAUAGGGCUUUCCAGUUUUGUCUCCAGUACAAACGAACCACAGAGUUCAGACGGCUCUGUGAAAUUUUGCGAAACCACCUUACAAAUUUGAACAAGUAUAGAGACCAGAGGGAUAGACCUGACCUCACUCAGCCCGAAAGUUUACAGCUGUACUUGGAAACCAGAUUUGAGCAACUGAAGGUCGCAACGGAGCUUGAGUUAUGGCAGGAAGCUUUUCGGUCAAUCGAAGACAUCCAUGGGCUGAUGUCCAUGGUAAAAAAGUCACCCAAACCUCAAAUGAUGGCUAUCUACUAUGCCAAACUUACAAAAAUUUUCUGGGUAUCUGAUAGCCAUUUGUACCAUGCAUACGCGUGGUACAAAUUAUACAACUUGCAAAAGAGUUACAAUAAGAACCUUACCCAGAAAGACCUUCAGCUCAUGGCGUCGUCCGUCCUGCUCGCCACCCUCGCUGUUACUCCCUACGACAGGAAGCAUGGUGCGCAUCACUUCGAGCUCGAGAUGGAAAAGGACCGAAACGUUCGAAUGGCGAACUUAUUAGGUUUCACCCUGGACCCAAAGAGAGACACUCGUGAAGUGCUUUCCCGCGCAGCCCUUCUCGCAGAACUGGUCUCAAAGGGUGUGAUGACUUAUGUGUCUCAAGAGGUGAAGGACGUCUACAACUUGUUGGAAAACGAGUUUCACCCAUUGGACUUGGCUGCGAAAACUGAGCCCUUGUUGAACAAGCUGUGUAAGCUCAGCGAUAAGCUGUCCGCUGCCUCUCCUGUUCCUGAGGUUCAGCUCGAGCAGUACGCCCCUGCUUUGGAGAAGCUUACGACCUUGAGAGUUCUGCAGCAGGUAUCUCAAGUCUACCAGACAAUGAAGAUUACGAAUUUGAGCAAAAUGAUUCCUUUCUUUGACUUUUCUCUGGUGGAGAAACUUGCCGUGGAUGCCGUGAAAUACAACUACGUGCAAGUGAAGAUCGAUCAUUUGAAUGGUAUCGUUCAUUUCGGUAGUCAGGAUUUGGAGUCCGAUAAGAUCAAGAACCAUCUGACAAUCCUUGCCAAGAGGUUGAACAAAGCCUUGACUCUUAUCCAGCCACCUCUCCCGGUGGAGCGCGGUGCCAAGCAAACAAUCCCUGUUGGCGACCUUCAAGAGAAGGUUGAGAAGGAACACAAGAAACUGUUGGCUCGUAAAGUUCUGAUAGAGAGGCGCAAAGAAGAGCAGGAGCGCCAAAUGCUUGAGAUGGAGAGGGAAGAAGAAUCCAAGCGGUUGAAGCAGCAACGUCUUACCGAGGAGGCUGAAGCCAAGCGGCUGGCAAACGAAUCGAAAAGGCGUGAAGAAGCGAGGAUUCGAAAGGAAAUUGAAGAGAAGGACCUCGAGGAAGCACGUUUGCUGUUAGCAGAAGCAGAAAAGAGAAAGGGAGGAAAGAAAAGCAAGAAGGCGACGGCUGAUGGGGAUGGCACAAAGUUGACAAAGCAGAGUCUGAUGGAGGAGGCUUUGUCAGAGCAGAUUAAAGAAAGGCAGGAGAUGGAGCGCAAGCUUCAAAAAUUGUCGAAAACUAUGGAUCAUCUGGAAAGAGCCAAACGUGAGGAGGAGAGGCCUCUGAUCGAAGCCGCUUACCAAAAGCGACUUGCGGAUGACGAGGUUUUCUAUGCUCAACAGCAGGAGCAAACUAUUGAGCAAAGCCGUAUUCAGCAUGCAGAAGACUUGAUUGAGAAGAAAAGGCUCAUGAAGAUGAUCGACGACAAGAAUAUUUUCCAAGCCCAAGUUGUGAGUCGCCGUCAAGGUGAGUUCGAGAAGCUAAUGAGGGAGAGAGAGGAGAGACUUGCUGAGUUGAGGCUGUCUCGUCACUUGGACUGUGAACGACGCCGGAAGAUGGAGUACUACCGACAACAGGAGGAGGCUCGUCUUCUUAGGAUUAGGGAAGAAGAAGAGGCCCGCAAACGUGAAGAGGAGGAGAGAAGACGCAAGGAAGAUGCCGAGCGUCGGGCCAAGUACGAUGAAAUCGCUGCCAAGCAGAGGCAACGUGAGGCCGAAGCAGAGGAGCGGGCGAAACGCGAGAGAGACGCUUUGUUGUCGAGCAGGCCUUCCCUGGAUGAGAAGCCAGGCCGCUUCAUUCCAUCCUCUCUCCGCAAGAGAUUGGAGGAGCCCGACCGAGCGGAGCGCGAACCCGAGUCUUGGACCAACAAGCCAACAAGGGAUGUGGCCCCUGUGCCACCAGCUGCAGAGGAAAGAAGGCCUCAACUGUUUGGUGCCAACCGUGGACUCGGACCCCGAGAAGACAGUGGCAGCGACAAAUGGCAGCGACCCGCGGAGCGUGAGCGAGAGCAACCAGAGGGUUCUGCACCACCUUCUACUGGGAAAUAUCAGCCGCCGGCUCGCACCGCCCAACGGUAUGAACUACCACCCGCCCGUCGCGGUGAUUUUGACUCGUCUCGGUCAGCGGGGCUUGAGCCGCCACCGGCUCGACCAGGAGCUGCUGGAGGUAGAUAUGGUGAUCGCUUUGCAGAUCGUGACCGAGAGCCUGAACGCACCAGAGGUUUUGGAAGCGACAGGACCGGUGGUGAUAGAGAAGACCGCUGGAGCAGAGGAGGUGACCGCCCGCCGGUGCGAAGUAGUGGAUUUGGUGCCGACAGAGGUGACAGAAGCGAACGGCCGAGUGUGUUUGGCGCUGACCGCGGCAGUAGAGACGACGCCCCGAGUUCUGAUAAGUGGAGACGGCCUUCCAAUCCAGAUGCAGGCCGAAGCAAUCCCCAAGACGAUCAAGCCGCCUAGGCUUUAUUUCUCUGAGCAUGUUGUCUCCUUUGAGCAAUGGAGCAGUAGUUAUCAAUCUAGUAACUGUAUUGCUUAUGCAUUGUUGUGUUCAUGUCAGGUUCUUGUCCUGCAUGAUUUUGAUCUUUUGAUUGCUGGCUUCCUCUGGAAGUGGCUGGUAAUUCUAAAUUGCACAUCACCCAUUUGAACUUGCAAUCUGUCGCGAGUUGGGUCAUGUGUGCGAGCAAGCAGUGAUGUAACAGUUCUGGCAAUGAGGUAUAUUUGAGACUUCUAUGAAGAGUUUUCUAUUUCAGUCGAUGUCACCUGUCUAGAGAAACCUGCAAUUUUCAGGACUUCACAGUCUGCAUUCUAAGAUGCUGUGUUUCAUGACACCCAGUUGAGAUACUUAAUUAAAUCUUGAAGGUUACAGUAGGGCUCGGGUGCCACUCAGGGUGGAGAUUUUUUGGACCUAUGUAAAGGUGAUAACCUUUGAAGUACAUGAGCUGGAAAGUCUGAGCUCAUCGGAAAAGUAGAAGAAGUUCUAAGGGUUUAGAUGUACGUGAAGACUCGGAAUUUCAGUUACAAUUCUUUUCCAAAGGAAGCAAUCACAUAAAUGAUGACAGGGCAAUCGUGUAUUUGUUCUGAUCACUUCUUUGUUAAUACAGGCUUGACAGUACUCGG